GAGCCUUUGCUUGCUCCGCUUCCCCGCACUGGCUCAAGGAGCGAGGCCCUUGGCGCGAGUGCUGCGCCCCUGCGUCUGGCGCAGGCGGAGAGAGAGGUCCGUGGCGUGUGGCUGCUGUCAUGUGUGUCCAGGCACAGCGCUCUGCCUGGGCCCGAGCGCUUCUCUGUUGCGGCAAGCCACCGCCGUGCCGUUGCCUGCGGGGAACAAGCCAGCGGCGCCGCGGGAGGUGCGGGUCGCGACCUCGUCAAUGCUGCGGCGAGCGUCUUGCUCUUCUUUGCUGCCAAAAGCGUCAGGAGCCGGCUCUCAACCACCCGGCCAGGCUUGCGCUGCCGGCAUGGCUUGCUGUCGCCGUACCACCUUCGCGUGGGGGUUGGCUGCUGUCGGCGCCGCCGGCGUGGAGCCAGCGACCGCCUGCCGAGCGGCCGGAUGGAGCAGAAGCCGUCGCUCAGCGCAACACUCCGUAGACACUGACUUGGGUCGGACCUGCCUAUGCGACGACCGGUCCGAGGAGUCUGCAGGAGGCUUCAAAAAGCAACGCCAAGAGCUGCUCGCUGCAGCGCUGCACCGCUCGCAUCAUCCUCGACCUCAGACGCCCACGAUGGCGCCCAUCUCCCUCUCUACUGCAGACUUGCAGGUGCCGCACAACGCUGUUGUGUCCGUUGCACUUCCGGCGCUCGCCGCUCUGGCGCUGCACCUCGCUUCGCAGGUGCGGGAGCCGCACGGCCACCUCUUCGUCGCUGGCUUUGCCGCAUCAUGCGUCGGCACCGAGCUGCUGCUUGCCAAGUACUGGCAGCUCGCGCAUGUCGAGGCUGUGGCUGCGACCUUGCGGAUGCUCGCCGUCUUCGCAGCGACGAGCUGCGUCUCCAUCGGCCUCUACCGCGUGCUCGGUCAUCCGCUGCGGCGCAUUCCCGGCGAUCUGUCGUGCAAGCUCUCGAUGUGGAGCUGGGUUUUCGCCGACUACCAAGGUCGGCGCGCGGACAUUGUGCAGAACAUGCAUGCUCGACACGGCGACGUGGUGCGCAUCGGGCCUCGCGAGCUCUCCUGUGUCAACCCAGACGCCGUCAUGGCCAUCUACGGACCCACAGGUGCGGCAGCCAAGGCACGCCGCGGGCCCUGGUACGGCGCACAGAGCAUGGAGCCGCACGUGCACAGCCUGCAGAACGAGCCGACGAUGCCGGAGCACACGCGCCGGCGCCGCGACUGGGACCCGGCUUUCUCCGUCAAGGCGCUCGGCAGCUACAAGAGCAACAUCCAGCGCAACGCGGAGCUGCUGCUCGAGCAGCUCGAGCGCCUCUCGGCGGGCGGCUCCACCGUCGAUCUACGCGAGUGCCUCCUAUGGUUUGGAUUUGACAGUGCGUCGUAGCGCAGCGUUUGUUGCUGUCGUUCGCUGACACUGCGCAGCCAUGGGCGAGCUUGGCUUCGGCCGCUCGUUUGGCACGCUCCAGGAGGCACGCACCUCGCACGUGGUGCAUCUCGUCGAGCGCGGCGUGCGGGCCAUCAACACGAUUGGCAACGUGCCGUACGUGGCGCACAUUCUCCGCUUCCUGCCGUCGCCCAU